AUGGCUACAAUGAUAUAUGAAGCUACCACGAGUGCCAUAAACGGACUGCAACGUGGCAAUGGUCGUCAACUCUUCAACCCGGAGGCCACCGAGCACACCAGGGCCCUUAGCAAGAGCCGCGAGAACCGCAAUACUUCCCUGUCUUUCGAUCGAAUUCUCAGAAGAUAUGUGGCCAGAAACAAAGGCAAAGCCCCUAAAAAGGCAGGCGAGAAGAAACAAUUCAUCCUCAGCGGGUUCUUUCUAAAAAGCCAUGGUUAG